CUUGCUCUUGGCUAUUAGGGUUUGUGGCGGGCGAUGGAGGAUGUGCUGCCCGCGCUGCUGCUGCAAACAAUCCUGGCACGGACGGAUGCCGUGGACUGCGCUAGGGUAGCUUGCGUCAAUCGGCGAUGGCGGGCGCUGGCGCACGACGACACGCUCUGGUCGCAGCACUGCCGGGACGAGUAUGGCGUGUGCGCUGCCGCGGAUUUCAUGGGCAAUCCCUGCUGCAGCUUCAAGGAAACUUACGCUGCCUGGCACGACGAAUUCAACCAGUAUGGUGGGCUCGUCUAUCGGACCAAGAAACUCUGGGAUGAUUUGAAGGGCGUGCUGCGCUCCAAUUAUCCCGCAGUGGCCGAUUCUCUCGCCCGCCAGGCCUCGGAGGCGGACAUUGUCGCGGCCGAGAGCACGUUGGGCUGGCCUCUGCCUCCUCACGUCCGCCUUCUCUAUCGCUUCUGCGAUGGCCAGCAGAUCGUGGAUGGCGACGAGAUCGCUCACCAGUACGUGGGUCUUCUCGGAGGAUACUACUUCUACAAUCACUUUGUCAACGUCCAGCUCCUGCCGCUCCAGCAAGUUGUCUCCUACACCCAGCGCCUCCUCUCGCGAGCUCCCGCUGGAACCAAGAGGAUCGUCAUCGCCGCGUCGUGCAACUUAAACAAGUUCUUCCUCCUCGACUGCGACAGUGGGAUGGUGCUGGUUGGCACCAAGAACUUCCUCAAGAAGUACGAGGUCAUGCCUUGCCUGCCGCUGGCGAGCAGCAAUCCCGGCGAUGGCAUGCUGCGGUGGCUCGAGGAAUACCGGGAUGGACUUUUGAGUGGCAAGUAUACAGUGCGCAACGACGAUGGGAUCCGGAGCAUCAGCCUCUAUCCGGAGAAUGGAUCCACUUGCACAGAGGCUGUGACACAGGGAAUCCAGGUGAGAGCUUCUGCGGUGUUUGUUCCUGAGCUGUCUGAUCCAGAGGCUCAAGAGAAGUAUCUCUUCAGUUACUCCGUUCGAAUGCGGUUCCUGCCCGUCAGUGGCUUGGCUUUUAACCAGUGUCAACUUUCGAGGCGCCACUGGGUCGUGACCGCCGACGAUGAAAUCGUCGAUGAAGUGCGCGCUGAGGCUGUGGUUGGCAUGUAUCCGCUUCUCAAGCUCGGUGGCGACGCCUUCGUUUACGAGAGCUGUAGCACGCAGAACACGCUGUCCGGAUCGCUGGAGGGCGAUUUCACGUUCGUGCCUGGAUGCCUUAGCAGGCAAGAAGGUCCAGAGUUUUGCGUGAGAGUGGCACCUUUCCCUAUGCAAGUUCCUCGGUACAUAUUCUAAGCGCGCACGAAUUGGAUUGAUGGUUUGUGUUGUAAAUACUCUGGAAAUUUUUCUUCUUUUUUCUCCUGUGCUGUGCUAAGUUAUACCUCUAAGCUCUGGUGCUCCUGUAUGUAACUCUAGCGUGGAAGAAGAAAGAAAAACAUUCAUACAGUUAUAAAACAAGCCUUGUGUGGAA